GGUGCGCAGCGAGCGCGCGGAGGGGCGCGCACCCGGCGGAGGUCCCAGCCGGGGCCAGAGAGCGCCAGGUGGUUCCAGUUUGCCACCAGCAUGAAUUCAGAAAGAGACUCAGAAACGACCUUUGAGGAGGAUUCUCAGCCUAAUGACGAAGUGGUUCCCUAUAGUGACGAUGAAACCGAAGAUGAGCUUGACAACCAGGGGCCUGUGGUCGAACCAGAACAGAACCGAGUCAACAGAGAAGCUGAGGAAACCCGGGAGACCCUCCGAAAAGAUUGUACGUGGCAAGUCAAAGCAAAUGAUCGAAGCUUCCAUGAACAACCUCACUUCAUGAAAACAAGGUUCUUUUGUAUUAAGGAGAGCAAGUAUGCGAAUAAUGCAAUUAAAACAUACAAGUAUAAUGCGUUUUCCUUUCUACCGAUGAAUUUGUUUGAGCAAUUUAAGAGAGCAGCCAAUUUCUAUUUCCUGAUCCUUCUUAUCUUACAGGCAAUCCCUCAAAUCUCGACCCUGGCAUGGUAUACCACCCUGUUUCCCUUGCUCGUGGUGCUGGGCAUCACGGCCAUCAAAGACCUGGUGGACGACGUGGCUCGCCAUAAAAUGGAUAAUGAAAUCAAUAAUAGGACGUGUGAAGUCAUUAAGGAUGGCAGAUUCAAGGUUGCCAAGUGGAAAGAGAUUCAAGUUGGAGAUGUCAUUCGUCUGAAAAAAAAUGAUUUUAUUCCGGCUGACGUCCUCCUGCUGUCCAGCUCUGAGCCCAACAGCCUCUGCUACGUCGAAACAGCUGAACUGGACGGAGAAACCAAUCUAAAGUUCAAAAUGGCACUUGAAAUCACACACCAGUAUCUCCAAAGAGAAAAUUCACUGACAACAUUUGAUGGUUUUAUUGAAUGUGAAGAACCCAAUAAUCGGCUAGAUAAGUUUGCAGGAACACUGUUUUGGAGAAACACAAGGUUUCCUCUGGAUGCAGAUAAAAUUUUGUUACGUGGCUGUGUAAUUAGGAACACGGAUUUCUGCCAUGGAUUGGUCAUUUUUGCAGGUGCUGACACUAAAAUAAUGAAGAAUAGUGGGAAAACCAGAUUUAAAAGAACUAAAAUUGAUUACUUGAUGAACUACAUGGUUUAUACGAUCUUUGUUGUUCUCAUCCUGGUUUCUGCGGGUCUUGCCAUUGGCCAUGCUUACUGGGAAGCUCAAGUUGGCAAUUAUUCUUGGUACCUCUAUGAUGGAGAAGACUAUACACCCUCCUACCGUGGAUUCCUAAAUUUCUGGGGCUACAUCAUUAUUCUAAAUACCAUGGUGCCCAUCUCUCUCUAUGUCAGUGUGGAAGUGAUCCGUCUUGGACAGAGUUACUUCAUCAACUGGGACCUGCAGAUGUACUAUCCUGAGAAGGACACGCCCGCAAAGGCGAGAACCACCACGCUGAACGAGCAGCUCGGCCAGAUCCAUUAUGUGUUCUCGGAUAAGACAGGGACGCUCACACAAAAUAUCAUGACCUUUAAGAAGUGCUGCAUCAAUGGGCAAAUAUAUGGAGACCAUCGGGAUGCUUCUCAAAACAGUCAUAGCAAGAUAGAGCAAGUCGAUUUUAGCUGGAAUAUGUUUGCUGAUGGGAAGCUUGCGUUUUAUGACCACUAUCUCAUUGAGCAAAUCCAGUCAGGGAAGGAGUCCGAAGUUCGACAGUUUUUCUUCCUGCUGGCGGUUUGCCACACGGUCAUGGUGGAUCGCAUUGAUGGCCAGCUCAACUACCAGGCGGCCUCUCCUGACGAAGGCGCUCUAGUGAACGCUGCCAGGAACUUUGGCUUUGCCUUCCUCGCGAGGACCCAGAACACGAUCACCAUCAGUGAGUUGGGAACUGAGAGGACCUACGAUGUUCUUGCCAUUUUGGACUUCAACAGUGACCGGAAGCGAAUGUCUAUCAUUGUGAGAACCCCAGAAGGCAAUAUCAGGCUUUAUUGUAAAGGUGCUGACACUGUGAUUUAUGAACGGUUACAUCAGAUGAAUCCUACAAAACAAGAGACACAGGAUGCCCUGGAUAUCUUUGCAAGUGAGACUCUUAGAACUCUGUGCCUUUGCUACAAGGAAAUUGAAGAAAAAGAAUAUGAAGAAUGGAAUAAAAAGUUUAUGGCUGCCAGUUUAGUCUCCACCAACCGGGAUGAAGCUCUGGAUAAAGUGUAUGAAGAGAUUGAAAAAGACUUAAUUCUAUUGGGAGCAACAGCAAUUGAAGACAAGCUCCAGGAUGGAGUCCCAGAAACCAUUUCAAAACUCGCAAAGGCUGACAUUAAGAUCUGGGUGCUCACUGGAGACAAAAAGGAAACUGCUGAAAAUAUAGGAUUUGCCUGUGAACUUCUGACUGAAGACACCACUGUCUGCUAUGGGGAAGAUAUAAAUGCUCUUCUUCACACAAGGAUGGAAAACCAGAGGAAUAGAGGUGGAGUCUAUGCAAAAUUUGUACCCCCGGUGCAUGAAACUUUUUUUCCACCUGGUGAAAACCGUGCCUUAAUAAUCACUGGUUCUUGGUUGAAUGAAAUUCUUCUGGAGAAAAAGACUAAGAGAAGUAAGAUUCUGAAGCUGAAGUUCCCAAGGACAGAAGAAGAACGACGCAUGCGGACACAGAGUAAGAGGUGUCUGGAAGCUAGGAAAGAGCAGCGACAGAAGAAUUUUGUAGACCUGGCCUGUGAGUGCAGUGCAGUCAUCUGCUGCCGGGUCACCCCCAAGCAGAAGGCAAUGGUGGUGGACCUGGUGAAGAGGUACAAGAAGGCCAUCACGCUGGCCAUCGGAGAUGGGGCCAAUGAUGUAAACAUGAUCAAAACUGCCCACAUUGGUGUUGGAAUAAGCGGACAAGAAGGCAUGCAAGCUGUCAUGUCAAGUGACUACUCCUUUGCCCAGUUCAGAUACUUGCAGAGACUGUUGUUGGUACAUGGCCGGUGGUCUUACAUAAGGAUGUGCAAGUUCCUACGAUACUUCUUUUAUAAAAACUUUGCAUUUACUUUGGUUCAUUUCUGGUACUCCUUCUUCAAUGGGUACUCUGCACAGACUGCGUACGAAGACUGGUUCAUCACGCUCUACAACGUGCUGUACUCCAGCCUGCCCGUGCUCCUCAUGGGGCUGCUUGACCAGGAUGUGAGUGACAAACUGAGCCUCCGCUUCCCUGGGUUGUAUGUAGUAGGACAAAGAGACUUACUAUUCAACUAUAAGAAGUUCUUUGUAAGCCUGGUGCAUGGAAUUUUAACAUCGAUGAUCCUCUUCUUCAUACCUCUGGGAGCUUAUCUGCAAACUGUGGGACAGGAUGGAGAGGCACCUUCAGACUACCAAUCUUUUGCUGUGACCAUUGCUUCUGCUCUUAUAAUAACCGUCAAUUUCCAGAUUGGCUUGGAUACUUCUUACUGGACUUUUGUGAAUGCUUUUUCAAUUUUUGGAAGCAUUGCACUUUAUUUUGGCAUAAUGUUUGACUUUCAUAGUGCUGGAAUACAUGUUCUCUUUCCAUCUGCAUUUCAAUUUACAGGCACAGCAUCAAAUGCCCUGAGGCAGCCAUACAUUUGGUUGACCAUCAUCCUGACUGUUGCAGUGUGCCUGCUGCCCGUCGUUGCCAUACGGUUCUUGUCAAUGACCAUCUGGCCAUCAGAAAGUGAUAAGAUUCAGAAGCACCGCAAGCGGUUGAAAGCCGAGGAGCAGUGGAAGCGGCGGCAGCGCGUGUUCCGCCGGGGCGUGUCUUCGCGGCGCUCGGCCUACGCCUUCUCGCACCAGCGCGGCUACGCCGACCUCAUCUCCUCCGGGCGCAGCAUCCGGAAGAAGCGCUCUCCCCUGGACGCCGUCAUAGCCGACGGCACCGCCGAAUACCGGCGCACCGUGGCCAGCUGACGCACCUGCCGCAACAAUCACACACGUACAGAUGUCUAUUUUUUUACGAAAGGCUCUCAGGAAAAACUGACUUUGUCACGAGGAUGUUAAAGACCACAACCUUCAUCA